CCUGAGCCGAACGCGGGAGUGCGGGGCGAGUGCGUCAGCUAGACGUCGGGUGCCCAAAGGGUGAACCUGCGGGCAGCCGAGAGGCAGGGAGAACCAUGGCUGCGGCCGCGCUGCUGUGUGUCGCGCGCCUUCUGUGUCCUCCCAGCGGGCUUCCUGGAACUUGCAGAGCACAGACCAGACACACCCACCAGCGAGCUUCAUUGUUGUCCUUCUGGGAACUCAUCCCCAUGAGAGCAGAACCUCUGAGAAAGAAGAAGAAGGUAGAUCCCAAAAAAGAUCAAGCAGCAAAGGACCGUUUGAAAAAGAGGAUCCGGAAACUGGAAAAAGCUAGCCAAGAGCUAAUUCCCAUUGAGGAUUUUAUCACUCCUUUGAGGUUACUAGAUAAAUCAAGACAGCGGUCUCAAGUGGAACUCUCUUUGGAGGAGAGUGAGCGGAGAGCUCUGCUUCUGAAGAAGUGGUCACUUUAUAAGCAACAAGAGCAUGAGAUGGAGAGGGACACCAUCAGGACCAUGGUGGAAGCCCAGCAGGAAGCUCUCCAGGAACUGAAACUCGAGUCCCCAGAGCUAUACACUGAGGCCAUCAAGCGGGAUUACAGCCUGUUCCCCUUUGAGAAAGAAGGGCCAUAUUACACACCACCCAUAUAUAACUACCAGCCCCCUGAAGGCAGGUACAAUGACAUCACCAAGGUAUACACGCAAGUAGAAUUGAAGAGAUAGAACUCAAGGCAGAUUUCCUUGUAACAUGCUGGCCCCAGGAGUCAGAACAACCAGUGAUGAUGUCUGCUUUUCAGAAAUAAAAUGUUCUGACAAAUA